AUGGGAUCAGUAUCAGCAAUCAAGCUGCGAAGUCAGCCUCUCAAGAACUCGGGAUCAAUCGACCACCUCGACUAUGUCGAUUGUUCACCAAUUAUUGGGCGAGAAUAUCCCACGGCCAAGCUAAAGGAUAUGCUAAAUGCACCGAAUUUCGAAGACCAAAUCCGGGAUCUCGCCAUCACCAUCUGUGAACGUGGCGUCGUGUUCUUCAGAGCGCCCCAGGAUGAUCUGACCAUCGAUGACCAGAAGAAGAUCACCGAAUUGUUGGGUAGCUUGACCACUCGACCUAAAGAUCAUACCCUGGCUAUUCACCCGCUGUUCAAUGCCCCGGAUAACAUCCCCAUGGCGGAUGGGACGACGGAUAAAAACAUCUAUGUUAUCAACUCAGAAGCGAUGAAGAAGUUAUACAAGACGAUGAAGAACCGUCCAGACGCGAGCUCCGAGCCCAGAGAUCUCGGCAGAGAAUGGCACUCAGAUGCUCUCUUCGAAGAAUGCCCCGCCGAUUUCAGUUUCCUUCGAAUGCAAGAUACGCCGCCAGCGGGGGGCGACACGCUCUGGGUCUCAGGCUACGAAAUCUACGACCGCAUGUCCGCUCCCAUGAAACGCUUUAUGGAAUCCCUCACCGCCGAAUGCGCGCAACCCGUUUUCCGCUCCGCCGUCGAAGCAGGCGGCUAUGAACUCGUCUCCCCGCGCGGAUCGCCCUUGAACUCCGGGGAUAAAUUCGCACCGCACCACCCAGUAGUCCGCACGCACCCGGUCACCGGCUGGAAAUCGCUGUUCGCGGGCGUGGGCCUCCACGUGUCGCGCAUCGACGACGUCUACGGGUAUGAGGACCAGAUGAUCCGCGACUAUGUCAUGAGACUCAUCACGCGGAAUCACGAUUGCAUUGCCCGCAUGCACUGGACGAAGCAGGCGUGUGCGAUAUGGAGCAAUGCUUGUACUUUGCAUGCUGCUACGCCCGACACGCACCUCGUGGACGGAAUCAGAGUAGGUGUGCGCGCCUCCGGCGUCGGCGAGAAGCCGUAUUUAGACCCUGCUUCGACCGGAAGGAGGGAGGCGCUUGGUUUGCCUAGGUUUUAA